GUGACCCGGAAGUUUCCAUAGGAGAAAGCGUGUAGAGAAAAACUAUUAAUUCACAAUGGCCAGUCUGGAGCAGUGGGUUAGUGACCAGCUUCAUGACAUCCUGGGUUUGAGUGACAGGUAUGUGGCUCAAUUCAUGAUCGGUCUGGUGAAGAAGUCCUGUGGACCUGAGGACUUUGUGGCUCGACUUCAGCAAACCGGAACCAUCGACAUUGAUCAGAGAAUCACUGCAUUCGCACAUGAACUGUACAACAAAGCUCCCAAAAAACAUGUGGUUGAGAAACCCGCUCGAGCGAUCGAACGUCAAGUCAUAGAGAUGGAACGAAAGAACAGAACGUAUACUCUUCUGGAGGACAGUGAGAGUGAUGGAGAGACAGCAAGAGAAAAGGGAAAAGAGAAGAAAAGCAAAGACAGAGACAAAGGAAAGAAGAGAAAACACCUCAGACAGAAACGAGAGGAAAGUCCAUCGUCCAGCGAAGAGGACAAAAAGAAUUCAAAGGUCAUGGAUGAGCCCAAAAAAUCUUCAAAAGCUGAUGAGGAGGAAGAAUGGGAGCGGGAAGAGAGAGAAAGACUCCAAGACCUGGAGGAGAGGGACGCCUUUGCUGAACGAGUGAAACUGAAGGACAAAGACAAGACAAGACACAUACUAGAGAGAAAUGACAAAAAGGCUUAUGAGGAAGCUCAAAAGAGACUGAAGAUGGCUGAAGAAGACCAAAGGAAAAUGCUUCCUGAGUUAAGGAAACAGUCACGUUGGCAGUACCUGUCCAAAAGAGAGCAAGAGAAGCUGGAAGAUCUCGAGGCUGAGAUUGUGGAUGAGGAAUACCUAUUCUCCACUGAGAACCUCACUGAGCGGGAAAAGAAAGAUCUAGAAUACAAACGGAAGGUUCGAGACCUGGCACGAGACUACAAGAAGGCAGGAGCGAAAGAGAAGGAGGAGAGAAAGAACAGAUACUACAUGCCAGAGGAGACAAGAAACAAGACGAUUCCUCAACGAGACAUGGACCUGGAGUUUGAGGAGACACCCAGAGAGGGAGGUGGGGAGCAGGGCCGCUGGGAGGAGGCGAGAGUGGCCACUGCAACCCUUCAGUUUGGGGCGAGAGAAGAGAGGGAGCGGCGAAUAAAGGAAGAGAAGGAGAAGUACCAGCUCAUUCUAGAGGAAGAGGAGAUGAUCAACUUUGUCAGCACGGCCAUUACCAUGAAGGGAACACAGUUAGAAAAGGAAAGUGAACCUCAGAUAUCAGAAGCUGAGAAACAGAAGCAGUCCAUCCAGGAGGUGAGACGCAGCCUGCCAAUCUUUCCUUACAGAGAAGACCUGCUCUCUGCCAUCAAAGAGCACCAGAUCCUGGUGAUUGAGGGUGAGACCGGAUCCGGCAAGACCACCCAGAUCCCACAGUAUCUCCUGGAAGAUGGUUACACUAAUGGAGGAAUGAAGAUUGGCUGCACUCAGCCUCGAAGAGUGGCAGCUAUGUCAGUGGCAGCCAGAGUGGCACAGGAAAUGAAUGUCAAACUGGGAAAUGAGGUGGGUUACAGUAUCCGUUUUGAGGACUGUACAUCAGAGCGCACUGUUCUGAAAUACAUGACUGAUGGCAUGUUGCUCAGGGAGUUUCUUACAGAGCCUGACCUUGCCAGCUACAGUGUAAUCAUCAUCGAUGAGGCCCACGAGCGAACGUUACACACAGACAUUCUCUUCGGUCUGAUCAAAGACAUCGCCCGCUUCCGGCCCGACCUGAAGGUUCUGGUGGCCAGCGCCACUCUGGACACAGAGCGUUUCUCCUGCUUCUUUGACGACGCGCCUGUGUUCAGGAUUCCGGGCCGCAGGUUCCCCGUGGACAUUUACUACACAAAGGCUCCAGAGGCCGAUUAUCUGGAGGCAUGUGUCGUGUCGGUACUUCAGAUCCAUGUCACUCAGCAACCUGGAGAUGUACUGGUCUUCCUCACAGGGCAGGAGGAGAUUGAAACUUGCUGUGAGCUUCUACAGGAGCGAUGUAGGAGACUGGGCUCUAAGAUAUCAGAACUGAUUGUUCUGCCUAUCUAUGCCAACUUGCCUUCUGACAUGCAGGCAAAGAUCUUCAAUCCUACCCCACCAGGGGCCCGCAAAGUUGUGGUGGCCACUAACAUUGCAGAGACGUCUCUCACAAUUGAUGGUAUCAUCUAUGUGAUUGAUCCAGGCUUCUGCAAACAGAAGAGCUAUAAUGCACGCACAGGAAUGGAGUCUCUCAUAGUCACACCCUGUUCACGGGCAUCUGCCAAUCAGAGAGCAGGUCGUGCAGGAAGAGUGGCUGCUGGGAAAUGUUUUAGACUGUACACUGCAUGGGCUUUUAAACAUGAAAUGGAGGAGACCUCUGUACCGGAGAUCCAGAGAACAAAUCUGGGCAACGUUGUUCUGCUGCUUAAAAGUCUUGGCAUAAAUGACCUGAUUCAUUUUGACUUCAUGGAUCCUCCACCUCACGAAACACUGGUAUUGGCUCUGGAGCAGCUCUAUGCUUUGGGGGCCCUAAACCAUCUCGGCGAACUAACUAAGCUUGGUCGAAGAAUGGCUGAACUUCCUGUGGACCCCAUGCUGAGUAAAAUGAUCCUAGCAUCUGAACAUUAUAAGUGCUCUGAGGAAGUACUUACUAUCGCGGCCAUGCUGUCAGUCAACAACUCCAUCUUCUACCGACCUAAAGACAAAGUGGUUCAUGCUGACAACGCUCGAAUGAACUUUGUAGUGCCAGGAGGAGAUCACAUGGUGCUUCUCAAUGUAUACACACAGUGGGUAGAGAGUGGUUACUCCACUCAGUGGUGCUUUGAGAACUUCAUCCAGUUCCGCUCUAUGAAGAGAGCUCGUGAUGUUCGUGAGCAGCUGGAGGGGUUGAUGGACAGGAUCGAGGUGGAACUAUGCAGUGCCAAUGAGGACAGUGUACUCAUCCGCAAGGCGGUGACAGCAGGAUAUUUUUACCACACAGCGCGGUUGAGUAAAGGAGGUUACAAAACAGUGAAGCACCAGCAGACGGUUUACGUCCAUCCAAACAGCUCUCUCUUCGAGGAGCAGCCACGCUGGAUGAUCUACCACGAGCUGGUCUUCACCACCAAAGAAUUCAUGAGACAGGUGAUAGAGAUUGAAAGCGGGUGGCUACUCGAAGUGGCUCCUCACUAUUAUAAGAACAAAGAACUGGAGGACAGCAGCAGUAAGAAAAUGCCACGCAAACAGGGCAAGGCCCGUGAAGAGCUGGGCUGAUCCUGAGAUAAGAGAGACUGUUCCACUUACUCUUACACAGAGCUGAGAGCUCAUAGAUUCUGUACAGACUCAGCCUGGAGAUCAGCAAUGUGAGAAACUCUGUCACUAUCCAUUUGGAAUUCAACAGACUUUUUUUGUGUUUCUGCUAAAGUUGUUUUCAUGUGCUUCAAUAAGGAAAUAUUUUUCUGAAUACAAGUAUACAUGUGUUUUUAUUAUUACACCAUAUUGCUUUCCCCGGGAAUUUUUUAAGAAGGUAGUGUAGUGUAAUAUCUCUGUUGUAGGAAAGAUAAUCCAGAGGAAAUGCUUAUAUUCCAAAAUAGGGAAAUUAGUCUGCACACUGUCAAAGUCCAUGUUUAACCAGAGUUAUACCUUUCAAAAUGGAAAUCAAAGAAGACAGAAAUGUUGUUAAUAUGUUAAGAGUAUGGCUAUAUUGGCUUUAAAAGUGUGUUUGUAAUUAAUCUCUCCUUCACGCAAAUGAGAUCUUUUACUAUUACAAUGCAAAAGUGUAAUUCUGACCUUUGAAAAGUUCUUGUGUCAGAUGGCUUAAUAUAUAGCCAAAAGUCAAUGAUUAGUGAUCGUUUCCAGCAAUUUGUCAUUUUCCCCUCAAGCUGCAUUUGCUGUGGAAGAGAAAGGAUGGCCUUGUGCUGAAAUUAGCUCUUGGUCAAUAAGUAGCUAAUGUAGUAGUAUUGAUCAUCAAUUGAAAUAAUGUUUCUUCCUUCUCAAGAAAACAAUUGUGAUUGCCUCAAUUUAAUUUUUAUUGCAGCGUUUACAAUGCUACUUGCUCCAUAAUAAGACUGGCGGUAAUACCACAUGUCUGAGCCACAGUGCAACUUUAUAUGAUGAAUGACCACCUCAGUCACCAUUCACUUUCACUGCAUCUUUUUUUCAUACAAUUAUAGUGAAUAGUGUCUGAGGCUCUGGGGGUUAAAUGAUGUAGAGGAAUGCUCUGGUUUUUAUAUGGUUAAGUUUAGAUCAAUCAGCUGAAUUUGGGCCAUAAUGUUGAUUACCACAGAAUAAAUAUGAAACUGUAUAAAUAAAUAAUAAAAAAAAAACUUGCAGUAAAGCAGUGGUUCUCAAAGUGUGGGUCUUGCCCUCUAGGUGGGCUGCAAUUUUUUUCUAGUUUCAAAGGGUGGCCUGACCAAAAAAAUAAAAAAUGUACACCUGCUGCAGUAAUGCUCUUACAAUGGAAGUGAAUGGGGCCAGUCCAUAAACGUUACAAUAGGAUACACACGGUUUCAAAUAUGUAGCCACAAACAUUGUACACUGAAAGCCCUAAUAAGUUGACUCUACUCAAUUGAGUAAACUUGUUCCCUCAAUUGAACGGAGUAAUGGCAUCUCCAAAACUUGUGUAAAUAAGAUAGCUUCGUGAUCACAUAAAAUGAACUAUUUAAGGUAACUAUGCAAGUAGACAUAACUCCGAUUUACUAUUUAAAUCUUGUUGUUUCAACUCUUUCAACAAUUUUCAUUUAAUGGACUCCAAUUUAGAUCAUAAAAUAAAAGCUUAAAUAAUGAUGAUUAUAACUGAUUCUAGGUCAAUCAUGAAAUAAACUUUCUCCAAAGUAGAGCUGUCAGAAUUAACACGUUAACGCAUGUAAUUCAUUAAAAAAAAUUAACGUAUUAACUUUUUUUAAAUUUUUUAUUUUUUUAUCGCGAUUAACGCAUUUAUUGUUAAUAUAGCAUAAACACUGGUGUAAAGGGCGGAACCUUUGUAAUGUGACCAUCCGGUGUCAUUACACUGACGCACACACCACAGCGCCAGAGCUCUUCUACCAAGUUGAGCCUACAAGCUUAGCAUAAAAUAACAUAAUGUGGCAGUCACAAAGAUAUCUAGCUGACUGUUACGCUCUCUUUAUGAUAGAGCUGUGGAGGUUGUUAUCUAAAUAAAUAAAAGAAUCUCUGACAGCGCUUCCCUGUCAGUGAUAAAAUGAUGGAGAAGGGACCUCUUAACGCUAUUUGAUGUACAGAUGGGCAUUGUGAUAGAAAUCAAGUAUUUUUCAGCCUAUGUAAGGCAAGUUUCAAUUACCACAACGCUGCCGUUGCUGCCCUGAAGUGAAUCAGCUUCAAGAUUGUUGUAGGAAAGCGGAUAGCAACCGUAUACCGGCAUAUUAAUAUUGUGGAGGAUGACCGUUUGAGGGAAUUAAUGCCCAUUGCAAUUAAUAUGCAACUUUUGAGUGGAAUCAUUUUUUCAAAUGCUCAAACUCCCACGUUUAAUGUUACUUGAUUUGUUACUUUGUUAAUAAUGUUAAUAAAGCAUUGUAUUGCUACAUCUCAUUUUUCUUUUCUUUCCUGAGAUGGGAAUAAAUACAUUUUGACAAGAAAUGAUGUGUGUGUGUGUGUGUAUAUAUAUAUAUAUAUAUAUAUAUAUGUGUGUCCAAUUUCAGUACUUUUAAACUCUGCAAUUACUCGUGAUUAACUAUAAAAACAAAUUAUAUUAAUAAAAACAAACGAUUAAAUACGUUUAAAAUCGACUGACAGCACUACUCCAAAGAAAUGCAUAUAUGCCUUCAGUUGCAUAUGAAUAAGGAGAACUGAGACAUGUUAACAAGGUCCAACUUGAACAAAGGGGAAUCAUGAUCACCAUAAUGGUGACAUCACACGAUUUGCAACAAAACAUAAUAAUACUGCAAAAGAGCUAAAAUCUCUAUUAAUUCAUUGUAACAACUAUUGAAAUGUGCCCAUAUGUUCCCUUUGACCAAGGUAACAAUUAAAUAAUCAGAGCCCAAGGUAUUGUGGGUAUUACCUGUUGUCUCAAUUUUGUACUCAAUAGUUUGAGUUAUUAAGACUUAAAAACUUAAGUCUAUGUAUUUUUAAGAAAGAUAAGUUAAUGGAACUUAGUUAUUUGAGUUAUGAGCCCAAAACUUGACAUUUUAAGUAAGGUUUUUUCCAGUAAUGACAACAUUUGGGUGCAUGUUAAAAUUAUUGUAGUGCGAUCACUUACUAGACUUAUCUUUGUAAAGCUAUAUCCAAUAUUACAACUUUAUAACUAUAAAAUAACUACAACAUUAUAUGGUAAAUGCCAAAAUGUAUAUACCUGAUUUUAUAGCACUAAAAUCAUGUUAACACAUAUAAUGUUUACGUCUUGUGGCAACAUUUUUAAAACCAUGUGUUGUAAUGUUUAUGGACUGGCCCCAUUCACAUCCAUUGUAAGUGCCUGUGCCUUACUGUUACCACUAUUUAUUUUAUUUUUUUUUAUAAACAAGGGAUAAGCCAACUUUUGUGGUAAUCAACAUCAUGCAACAAAUGCAGUAGAUUGAUCUUAUCUUGUAUUGAACCUGAAAAUUCCCUUAAAGAUCACUUACACUGAUACCGCCAAUACUGAAACUCUUGCAGUUAUCAACCAAAAUUGAUUCCAAGUCUGAGAUCCAUGAUGAUAUACAAAAAGUCUCCUGUGUCAAGGUCUAGACAAAGCAAGCCUGUUUUCCCAAACAAAUUAGUUAUUUAUCUUAUGCAAAGUGAUAACUUUUGUAUCCAGAAGUUAUGUACAGAAACAUCCCCUUGAAACCACCUGUGGUUGAAGCAUCUUGGUCAAAGGUUCUGUGAUGAUGGUCACCCAUUCAACUUCCCUGUUAACAACCCAAAUCUUUAACCUCCACCCCUCUAUGUUUGUCCCCUAUGUCUGGAAAACUGAUCCAAAGUGCAGCUGUGUGUAUUUUGCAUACAGUUUAUCUAAGCAAGACAUCUGCAGAGGCUGAUCUUCUAUCCAUUUUCCCAUUAUCAAAGUACAUUUGUUAGUGUACUAUCACUUUAAUAUAGUAUAAGGGAUCUGAAAUGGGAAUGAAAGGUAUGUGCAUGAUUAUGUGUAGUACUUUGUGCCUACAUAUAUACUGCAAUGUCACUAACACUAGUAGGCAGAUUAGAAAUUUGCAUCCACAGGAAAAUGCUUCCUUCUCCCUUAUCAGAUAACUACACAGAGUGUGUGUGUUCAUUGUGGAUAAUAU